CACCGAUAAAAAUUUGUGUAUGGGUAAAUUUAAUACAUUGUGGCACACCUAAAAUUUGAAAAAAAUGAUUGUUCAAUCCGCAAUAAAGUUUUCCUUAAGGGUAAAAAAAUACAUAUAAACAAUAAUAUGUGUGAUUUUAAUUUGGGACACUACUAACUAGUAUUAGUAAGCAUGUAUUUCAUUAGACUAUAAAUGAUCAUUUGUUGAUGUAUUUUAAACAAAAUCUAAGAAUAAAAAUAAUAUUUCUUAUCACCGGUUAUUUUCAAAACCUAACAAUUAAACUAAUUACGGUACUAUAAAGUUGGGUAGAAAAGUGUGGCUCUCAUCUCUUGUUGACAGUUGAUGAGUCAAUGUAUUAUUCCUAAACCACCAUCAAACGUCCCCCAUCCCUCCACUUGUCAAUAAGACAAACGAUCACGGCAGUACAUCCUACAACCCUACGCACUAAAAUCCCCCUCCUCCUCGACCCAAAAACCCUCCCCAACUAUAUUAAAUUAUUAUUAUUGAGUGCCUCCACACCACCACCAAUCUCUCUCUUCCUUUCCAUAUCUUCCCUUCCUUACCACAACAUAAAUAUUAAAUACAAACCCACAACCGUUCCCACAGAACCUGCACAAUACCACCAAAAAAAAAACACUCCAAUUAAUUCCAUAAUCUGGAGAGAGAGAGAGAGGCAGAAAGAAAGGAAGAAAGAAAGAAAGAAAGCCAAGCAAGGAAACUGGUGCAGGGUGACUAAGUGUAGGAUCGUGGCCCAGGGUGUGGAAAAAUGACGAGCUGCGACUUGAACCUGAGAGCAACCGAGCUCUGCCUCGGCCUCCCAGGCGCCGGCACGAAGCUGCCGUCCCCCGAAGCAGCAGAGACGCCGACCAAGGCGAGCGGGAAGAGAGGCUUCUCCGAGACCGUGGAUCUCAAGCUCAACCUCCAUGAUGACAACCACGCCACCACCGCCCCAAAUGACUCAUCCGCAAAAUCCGCUGCUGGAGUCAUCAAGGACCCCGCCAAGCCCCCAGCCAAGGCGCAAGUGGUGGGUUGGCCGCCUGUGAGGUCGUACAGGAGGAACGUGAUGGCUACUACCACGCAGAAGAGCAGCAGCGGCGAGGAAGAUGGGAAGAAGACGACUGCAGCGGCGGCGGCGGCGUUCGUUAAGGUGUGCAUGGACGGAGCGCCGUACCUUCGAAAGGUGGACCUGAAGAUGUACAGCAGCUACCAGCAGCUCUCCGACGCUCUCGCCAAGAUGUUCUCCUCCUUCACCAUGGGUAAUUACGGAGGUGAAGGGAUGAUCGACUUCAUGAACGAGAGGAAGGUGAUGGAUGUGGUGAACAGCUCAGAGUAUGUGCCCAGCUACGAGGACAAGGACGGCGACUGGAUGCUUGUGGGCGAUGUUCCCUGGGAGAUGUUUGUUGAUUCGUGCAAGCGUCUUCGUAUCAUGAAGGGAUCAGAAGCAAUUGGACUCGCACCGAGAGCAAUGGAGAAGUGCAAGAGCAGAGCUUGAUGAUUGGAUGUGUGUCUUGUUGAAGUAGUUGGGUGUAUCGAUCUCUUCUAUAUUUUUACCGCCACCUCUCGUUCAAUUAAUUUUUCCACCUUUGGGAGUAUUUGUGUCGCUCUCUUUUUAUUUUUACCGUUUUGUAACUUUGGUUUUUGUUGGAGUAAAAUGGUAUAUAGAUAAAAAUGUGAAGGAAUUGGAGAUGUAGACAAUUUGUGAUAGACAAGAAGAAGCAAACACAAUGAGCUUAAACCAACCCCCCACCACGACUGCACUACUGUCUGUCUGCCUGCACUCUUGUUUAUUGCUAAUGGCUUUACCUCCCCCAUUUUUAUGUGUUCAUUGCAAUGUGUUCUUCUUUUGAAAGAAAAAAGUUAUGUUUGUUGUUGGUGAGUGAGUGUUCUACAUUAUGAAAUUUUAAUAUUUUUUUUCUUUGUGUACUUUUUCAUUACAUUUAUUCAAUUUAGUGCACCAUUGUUAUGAUGUAGAUGUGAGUUUUUUUUAUACAAGUGCCAUUGUUAUCAUGUUGUUGUAUGCAAUAUUUUAUUUUUGUGAGGGAGGAAUUUAUGAGGCAAGUGAGGUGAGGGAACAAAGCCAUGUGCAUGUUGAUGGGGUAGUCUCUCACCAUAUGGAAGGAACAUUAUUGUACAUGGAAUACAUGGAAAAACAAUAU